AUGUCGACCCUAGCAGAAAUAGCAGAAAUGCUGGCCGGUAUGUCCCGCACCGACCUCACGACCACCGUCCGUCGAGAGCCCUAUCCAGCCAUCUCACCGUCGAGACCCGAGUUGAGCCAGGCGGGAAGAGUGGUCCUCGUCACCGGCGGCGGCACCGGUGUCGGAUUUGCGAUUGCGCGAGCCUUCGUGCGCGCCUCGGCCAAAACCAUCAUCAUCCUGGGCCGUCGUGCUCAAGUGCUCGCAGACGCCGCUUCCCGGCUCGAGGAAGAGGCGAAAACCGUCGGCAGCGGCACCAAAAUCGUCACCUAUCCCUGUGAUGUCGUCAAUACGGCCGAGGUCGAUGCGGUCUGGAAAGAGAUCGCGGCCCAGGGCAUCACUGUCGACGUCUAUGUCGCCAACGUCGCCAAAACCACCGAGCCGAAGCCCAUGCUUGAGCUGGGCACGGAUGAAGUCUGGUCUCAAGUCGAGACCAACGUCAAGGCUCCGUUAUAUCUCGCCGAGAAGUUCUACGCCCAGCCAGGAGAGUCCCGAAAGUUCAUCAUCAAUGUCUCUACCGCCUCUAUCCAUUCCACCACCCACCCUGGGGUGGCCGAACGUCCCGCUUAUACCUUGUCGAAACUGAGUGGCACGCUACUGUUCCAGCUCCUCGCGCAGGAUGCUCCGCGCGAGAAAGUCCAGGUCGUCAGUUUCCAUCCCGGCCUGAUCUGGAACGAUGGCUGGAAGUCACUGGGUUUGUCGCCUGACCUGUUUGACAGUGAUGAGCUUUGUGGUGCCUUCGCCGUCUGGCUUGCCAGCGAAAACGCCUCCUUCCUGCAUGGCCGCUUCGUCUGGGCCUCGUGGGACGUCGAUGAAUUGUCGUCCGGCGAGCUCCGCAAACGCUUCGAUGAGGAUCCUAAUUGGCUUCGCGCUUCCAUUGUCGGCCUUAAUCAAGGUCUUCGAACUUAUUAG